CGUUUUUUCCUUUCAUCGAAAGAAGAUGCAUCAUCGGUUUAGACUCGGGAUGUUACUGUGGUUGUCGAUCGCCGCGAUGAUCGAGGGGAACGUUGUUCGGAACGAGGAUAUCUGCGGAGUUCAAAACGGUCGGCGAUUGUAUCUGGAGUUGGGCGAAAAGGGUAUUUUGUACGCGAAGAAUGUUUCGAUGGUGAGAAACGAGGCGAGGAAAGGCGAGGGUUCGCUCGUAUAUACGAGUAACAGUUCCCACGCUCAAUGUAGUCUCGAGUUGGUCACAUGUCCCUCCUGCGUGAUAAUAGUCACCUUCCAGACCAUCGCGUUGUCCCAUCAUUGCGGCGACGGUACAAUUACGAUGGACAGCCCGUGCAGAUGCGAUUACGUAUGGAUCUCGGAGCCACCGUACGAGGAUGUGUCCGGAACACCAUUUUGCGGAUUGUACGCACCCAUCACUUAUAAAUCCAGCACGAGAACCUUGUCAAUCACGUUGUUCUACAGUCAGUCGCAUAUGCACGCGUUCACUCUCGAGUAUAUGGCAGAGAGAAACAGAUUGCACUUAAAGGGUACGGAAUUGACCGGUCAAGCAGCAAAAGGUUUGAACAACACCGGUGGUGGGAUUUUAACAUCGCCGUUCUUCCCAGCCCGGUAUCCUCGCGAUCUAGGCUUGGAAUACGUGGUCAUGUGUCCUAACGAGGCAUCGUCUUGCCGCAUCAGAUUGUUGUUCAGCGAUUUUCAAUUGGCCACCGUGUCGAUAAUGGAGUUCUACGAUUGGAACGGUCAACGUCUGGACGUGAGCAGCGGAGCGAGAUUUCGUCCACCGGUAAUAAUGAGCUCGGGCCCUUCGUUGCUGAUACGAUUCUACGCGAACGGUGGGACUGGGUUAGGUUAUAAGGCAUUCUACUCCUUCGUGAUCGGGCAUUCGUUGGACAAAUCAGUGAAACCGAUAACCGAUUGCGGGGGAUACGUGGAAAAUCUUGGCGGUGCCAUCACCAUGAUGGACAUGGUCGGUGAAGGCGUGAAGACGUACGAUUGUGUCUGGUUGAUCAGACCACCCAAGAAUUUUCUACACUUGAAGACGCAUAUGUAUCUGAAGGUGAUCACUUUCGCGGAUAUGGCCGGGAAUACGGAACUGGUGAUAAAACAAGGACCAACCUCGGCCCUUUUACCGCUCGAGAUUUUAAGGCAUCCGGCCAGUCAAGUUCAACAGUCUAGGUACAGGGAACACGUGGCGCCAGUGGCGAGCGGGUUUCACGUUAGCUUGCGAGGAACGUUCGGCCCAUCCUCGCAUCUUGCCAUUGCGUACGCGGCUUUCAGCUACAUGGAUUGUUUCGCCGGUUCGGAUUUUCUUUGCCGUAACCACAGAUGCAUACCGAGUCAACUGAAUUGCGACGGGUUCGACCAUUGCGGGGACAACAGCGACGAGCCAGCCACAUGUUUUCGAGAUUGGGAGAUGGAAGAUCAAGCUGAGGAUCGAAAGUGGCACGCGAACAAGGCCAACUAUUACUUUCCCAAGAUCGAUCGAUAUCCGGAUCUGAAGACAGCCACGUUGGUGUUCGUCGCGAGUAGCCUCGGCCUGAUUAUCUUGAUAUCGGCGUUGAUCAUCCUGCUGUACAGAAUGGGGGCAAGAGCCAGACAACAGAGGGAACUUCAAUCGAGGUUGCAAACGAUCAGCGAGCUUCUAGUUUUCGACAUUGCAGACGGCGCGCGGAUCGACGAAAUUUCCGUAACGGACGAUCCCCCGGUAUACGAGGCGCCACCGGGCUACGACGAAGUGGUGAAGCUCGGAUUCGACUCGGAGAUGAUUGGUCGGAAGAAGCGAAGAAUGUUUCGAGGUAGAAACUCUCCUUCAAGUCUUCAAGGUUCUUCAUUGGAAGUGGGGGGAGGUCGAUCCUCCGUUUGUUCCAUCAUCGAGGCGGGUACGUCGAGCGGUAAUCAAGAUCCGGAAAUAUCUUCGAAGAACCGCGCUAUUCGAUUGCCGGAGAGUCCACCACCUCCCUACGUCACUCCUCCGGGAUCUAUAUCGCGACACUUUAGCGUAUCCGGAUUACUGGCCGCUGAUUCGAACGCCAGCGUGCGAGACGACGAGGACGACGAGGAUGACAAUGAUGACAGGAAUGGAAAGGAAGGAGAGGAAGAAGAUAGAACGGAACGAAGGAACUGGUUUCGUCGAUCGAACGAUCCUCGAAUCUCGUCCUCCGCGCUAGAGGAGGGAAAUCUGAAUCGAGGUUCGUAUCUCGACGUCCAAGUUCUCGGCGCGUAUCCGCAGAUUCGUCACAGUUGGAAUUCGAUCCGAUCUACGACGAUCGGUCCACACUCGAUUGGAUCCUGCUUCCAGCGAAGAAGUUUGCGCGUUCUUCCUAUCGAAACGAAACCUGCUUCCUCUUCUACCGCGGAGGCGAGGAAAGAGGAUAAGGAGAAGGAGAUGGAGGAAAGCGCGGAUCCGAAAGAACGGUCAUCGCAAGACGAAACCUCGACGACGGACGGCGUUAGAUCGGAGACUGGAUGUUCUUGCGAAGGUGCAUGCGGUUGCGCCACCGUGAUCUCGGCGGAUUUCGAAGGAAGCGAGGUAGGAACGAGGAAGGGGAAAGAGGAAGAGGAGGAGGAGGAGGAGGAGGAGGAGGAGGAGGAAGAGGAAGAAGAGGAAGAGAGAGGAGGAUUGGAUCGAGCGAGGAGCACGAUCGUGAAAUUGUUGAAAAGGCAGAAUGUAGGUGGUAACAGCGGUGGAUCGAGCGCCGCGUCUAUCUCCUCGACCCCGUGCGAUACGUUCCGAAGAUCGAUGAGGAAAUUGUCGGUAUGCGCGCGCGAUUGUUACCUGGGAAGAACAUCGACGACCGUGGGAUCGAUGGUGGGCAGUUACGAGAAAUUGAGCAACGGCGAAUUAGAAACGGCUAUACGGAGACAUUUGCACGCUUCCGACCCGGCCUCGAUCGACUCGUGGCCCGAACGAGGAGGAGUGGGAAGAAACUAUCGACGAUACUCGAGCUGCGAUCUCGAGAGUUUGUACGAGGGGAUCAGGAUCCUGGACGGAUUUUUGGCGAGGAGGGGUUUAACGGUGUCGCAUCCCCGACGGAAGAAAUCGGUGACGGUGAUGUUGUUCGGGACACCGGAACACGGGCCGAUUCAUCGACGACGGCGUACGCAAGGUAUUGGCAACGAGCAGGCCACGAUUCGCGAGAUCGGUCGCGUUUCUCGGUUAAGCUUGGACGCUGCCGCGUUCAAUUGAUGGAUCGAUCGUUGGUCUCUCUUUCGUUUCGCGAAAUCGAUGCGAAUCGAGACGGAGAAGAAAGAGAAGAAAAGAGAAAGGAGAAAGAGAAAGAAAGAGAAGAAAAGAGAAGGGAGAAAGAGAGAGAAAGAGAAGAAAGAAACGAAUAUACGUUUUUGCGAAAAAUUAUUAUUUAUUUUUUCGUACGUCUGCCGACGAGUCACCGUUUAGUUGUGAAUUAACUUGUGAAUUAAUUUUUGAUCGUUUAAACAGAUGCGUAGUAAAAAAAAUAUAUGUAUAUGUAUAUAUAGUA